AUGGUCUCCGUCAUGGAGCCCGCAACAACGCGUUUCUUCGACAUGCCCGAGCUGGUCGAUCAUCUGACCAAAUACCUCGACUACCCAGGAAUCUACAAGCUGAUGCUCACAAGUCGACGAAUGCACGACCUAUGCAUGCCCGCUCAAUACCGCCGAGUACAGCCCGGGAGGUUCUUCUAUGACCGCACCACGGACUCGAUGCAAUCAUUUGCCAAGAACGUCCAUCGUGUCCGAGAACUGACUAUCUGGCGCCACGGCAUCGUCUACUACACCAGCUGCGUCACCGCUUUCCUCGACCUCCUUGCCACGCAACAAUCCAUCGCCUCCACAGUUAGUCGCCAGCCUUCGCUUUCACGACCUGUUUGGCUUUCUCCGCGGGAUCCUCAUCUCUGUAAAGUGGUGCCUAUCCCGCCGAUGACGCUAUUGACCAAGCUGAGUUUUUUCUUUGGCGAGCAGGGCGAGUUUGAGGGGUGCCCGUACUACCUGCCCAGCUAUCGGGAUCCCAAGGCGACUAUCACCCAACUCUGCUGGCUCAUUGAAUCGAACCCUCACUUGCUGGAUGUUAAGCUGCACGGAUUCAUUAUUAAGGACGAUCGGGACGCUGGUCUGUUGACACGGACGAUUUCGGGACUACAGAAACUGCAGAACCUCUCUGUGUUCUUUUUUCAAUGGGACGAGUGGGCUGGACCGUGGACGUCUCGCAUUGGGGUCGACUUGUUUUUCGCCUGUCCGCCAACUCUUCGAAAUUGGACCGUGAGGACUGACGAUCUAUACGAAGAGGACAUUGACGUGUUUACGGACGAGUUUGUGCAACUCCCACCAGGAGACUUGCAGUCAUGGGAAAAGAGCGAUGAGGAGUGCGGACUGAAGAUGACGACACCACGGCGUCAGGAACCCAUGCUGGAUUUGAAGACAUUGUCGCUCGGAGCCUUGGCUGGGGAGACCAUGGAGGAGGAUAUCCGAUCGGUAUUCCGACGUUGUCCGAAUCUUAUGACCCUCGAAAUAUCCCCCAUUCCUUCCGCAAUCAUUGAUAUUCAACGCCUGGCGCAGGAUAUUGCUCGUUACUGCCCAAAAUUGUGCGAUCUGUCCUUCCACGCAUUCGGAGAGGGGGCUGAAGUGACCGGAGAGCUGUUGUUAUUGAUCCUGAAAGCCUUGCCCCCUCAACAAGUCACCCGAUUCAACUGCAACCACCUUCCGUUGUUUACUUCCGAGGGCCUUGGCAGCGGUGCUGAGGUAGGAUACAUCUUCCGACAACACUCGAGUACCUUACGGACACUCUCGCUGAGUGGCUGUCGAAACAUCGAUAGCAAGGCGAUCCAGACGAUCUUGAUUGACUGUGAGGCACUAGAGGAUUUACUGAUUGCGUGGAAGACUGGAAGCGACCAACGACAACUCUGCCUUCAUCUGGAAGACGCCAUCGAGUUCUCGUGGGGAUGUACCAGGUUGCAGAGGUUAGACCUAUGGAUUGCCAUUCCUGACGAACCACUACACCAUCUUGCCGACGGCGUAGUGCCCUAUUACAAUCGGCCAGCACCAACGAGACUCUCGCGGGCAGAGACAGCACAGUUUCGGUCAUUAGGAUCCUUCUACCGACAAAUAGGCGCGUUGACGGAGCUACGAUCGCUCGAUCUAAAAGCGCUCUUUUACGAUCCAGCCGAGAAAGGUCGUGGAAUCUCUGUCCAGGACACUACCUUUCCGGGACUUUUCGGACUCUGGAACAACGAGGCAGGACGACCGGGGUACCUACAGCUGUUGGGCGGCCUCACCAAGCUAGAAUCAUUGAGCGGAUCGAUCUCUGCGACGACUGAGGAGGCCAGGGCGACGAUUGGGAUGAAUGAGGUGAUCUGGAUGGAACAGCAUUGGCCAUCGUUGGAGAGAGGGCAGUUCUUUCGUGAUGAUGAUGAUGAGAGGCUCCCAGUACCAUUCCCAUGGUGGAAAAGAAAGAGAGCUGAAGGGCGAUUACAACUUUUUCCUUAUGAAUAA